GGAACUGGGGCAGAUAUGGAACUCAAGGCUCACACAGCAAGUCUGCUAGCUUCCCUGUUGCUUCUGUUCACCAACUGCAUUCAAGCGGGUGAGGAGAUGGUGAACGUGACGAUCGAGCAGAAACAACAGAACGUGACGCUGGGAGGGAGCGUGCGGCUGGCGGUCAGGAUGGAGCCAGUGCCAACCAGCGGCACUGUCGUCUGGCGUCACCGGGGCGCGGUUCCGGUGAAGAUUGCGGAGAUCACGCUGCAGACCAACGCCUCGAGGGUCCACGAGGCCACACCGUACGCGGGAAGGAGUCGGAUCUGGGCGGACGCCAGCCUGGAGAUUGGGAACUUGACCUGGGAGGACAGGGGCGAAUACGCGGUGACCCUCAGCGUCGGGCCUUGGGAGCCAACAGACUCCGUUAAUCUCCGCGUCUUCGAGCCAAUCAGACGGACCGUGAUCUCCAUCGUCAACGUCAGCUCCACCAACCAGAGCUGUGUCGCCACCUUCAGCUGCUCGGCAGAGGGAGGGAGCGCGGUGCAGUACAGCUGGCGAGACGGGGCACAGCAGGAGUCCGUGCUGGGUCGGCAGCAGCGGCUGCAGCUCUCUCUGAACGGGAGCACGAGCCUGUCCGCCCUGGUGUGCGUGGCCUGGAACCCCGUCAGCAGCCGGAACGACACCUUCAACCUGACGAAGGCUUGCGUGGCCAAAUAUCCAGAGACUGCCACGUUGAGCUCAGCGCCGUUUCCCAUCUCGGUUUUGAGCUGUGGAGGGAUUUUCUUCCUCUUGUUAGCUGCUGGGAUUGUCUACUGGACACACCGGAGCAGGAGUGGGAACUGGCUGAACAGAGUGGCCGAGUCGGUGAACAGUCCAAGCAAGAGUUUGGCAGGACGGUUCACAGAGAGCAAAGGUCCCAGUCCACAGGUGGUGACUCAUCGGUCCGAACCUACGGUCCCCCCGGACUCUCCCGCUUCCCUCGACGGCGUGACAACGGAAUACUGCGAAAUCCAGGUCUCUGCUCCCUCCCCGACCCGCGCAAUCGAGACCGAGGUGUAGCGGGCAGAUGGGAGGAGGCGGGUAACGCAGGAGAGGAGCGGGGGGCUGACGGUUGGGUGAAGGUCAAUGGCAAGGCACUCAGCGACUGUGUGACCCACCCUCCUUCCGAAACCCGACGGGAACCUCCCCAGGGGGAACCUGGAAUGCUGACGGGACGGAUCCGCCUACAACUCAAACAGGGAAUCUGCUACAACACUCCGGAUACAGUUCUGCACAGCACCCCCAAUUUGACGGGGAGGGAAAGGAGGGUGGUGGGGGGGGAAAGGAUUGAAAUAAAAUACGGUGAUUAAU